AACUCCGCGCGCGGCGCACUUGAGUUUUAUUUUCGUCGUGCAAUUUGAACAACGUUAGCCCUGAAGCUAACCUGUGCUGCAGCCAGAAAAAAUUAAGUAACUAAUAACUUUAAUAUGUCUGGAAUUCCACCUGAUUCGUGGCAGCCACCCACUGUGUCACUUGAAACGACAAUGGGGAGGGUUACUGUGGAGUUGUAUUGGAAACAUGCUCCAAAAACCUGUAAGAACUUUGCUGAGCUGGCAAGAAGGGGUUAUUACAACAAUACCAAGUUCCACCGUAUCAUCAAAGACUUCAUGGUCCAGGGAGGUGACCCCACUGGCACAGGCCGGGGUGGCGCUUCCAUUUAUGGAAAACAGUUUGAAGAUGAAAUCAAUCCAGAAUUGAAAUUCACAGGGGCAGGGAUCGUUGCCAUGGCAAACGCAGGCCCAAACACCAACGGAAGCCAGUUUUUCCUGGCGCUGGCGCCCACACAGUGGCUGGACGGGAAACACACCAUCUUCGGCAGGGUUUGCCAGGGAAUGGCUGUGCUCAGUCGCAUUGGCAUGGUGGAGACAAACGCUCAAGACCGGCCAGAAGAGGACAUCAAAAUUAUAAGAACGUACUUACCCAAUUGACCAACAAUACAGAUGGGGCUUUUUCCCCAGUUAUGUCUUUUUUCCAGUGAUUACAUUUGCAGGGCAAAUAAACAUAAAUUGGUUUUCAAAUAAAAUCUUUGCACAUA